AUGGUCGGUCCGCUCCUCCAAAAGCAAUCUCGGCGGGUGCCCAGUGGCGGCGGAACGGACUCCCGCGGGUGCGGGGCGGCGGCACCCGGUGGUCCCGCUCCGGGCGCGGGGCGCUGCCGAGCGGCGGCGGCGCCUCCCCGUCAGGGCGCUGCGGCGGGCGGCUCGGGCGGGACGGCCUCCGUUCCCCGCCUGGGCCUCGGAGCUUCUCUCCGCACCGCCGGUCUCCGGUCCACGGCUCCUCCUCAGAACAGGCGACAGCGGCCGGAGUCCAGACGGGACGGCAGAGGAGUCUCGACGGCGACGGCAAGAUCCGGCAGCAGGCGAGCGGCGUGGGGCAUCGGAUGCCGGCUUGAUCGACUUCCCUUCGCACGGUGCCGGCGGGAUCGCGCCCGGAUUCAGCUCAGGGGAAUGGCAGAGCGUGGUUCAUACAUUCCCGGCCGCAGCCAUGAGCAGGGGUAUCAGUCACCGGUUCCACGUCACGUUCAGCUGUCCGAAGUUGCUGGGCAGGCUGGAAUCCUAAGCACACCAACAGGUUGGCAGGCUGAUCGUUCUGCUUCCAUGGAACUUGGCAGGACACUGGAGCUGCUCUUGCAGGAACACCAGACCUAGAUCUCACACAACCAUUGAUAGCAGUUCUGAUCAGAAGGUGAUGACGGGGUCCUUACUACUUUUGGAAGUAAAGAAAACGUUAAAAUUCAGCCUAUUUGAACUUGCUGAGACUCCAUAAUGUUUAUCUAAUCUGCAUGCAGUCCAUUUGUACAGCAAGAUAUUUUCAUGUACUUUAAGGAGUAAAUUUUUUGCUGCUUCUUAAUCCUGUUAGGUGCCUGGGAAGAAUGAUCAGAACCACAGCCAAGGAAGUCUUAGAACCAAAAAAAAGGGUGAUGUUGUGUGGUUACAUGCUAGUCCCUGUCUGGGGAAGUGAAGGUGAGAAUUAGUCUCCUGGCAGAGUUCCUGGACAAGCUUAGAUGCUCCAGAAAGGCCAGCUAAAUACCUUUCCAGCACGUGGAACUACUGAAAGAUCAUCAGUAAAACAGAAGUGUAAGCUUCCCCUGCUUCACAUGAUGAAAUCAGAGCUCACAUGGAUGGAGACUGCUGUCUCUAGAGUCCAGGUUUCCCUGUUCAGGCAGUUGCCAUAACUCUUCUUCAAAGGCUGAGCAGUGCUCAUGCUUCCUUUUUCCAAAGAAAUUCACAUUAUCAUUGUGAGGUCACAGCCUUGUAUAAUUUUAUAGUUCCCUGUUAGGAGAGGCAAGCCUUGAUUUUUGGUGUCUUCUACUACAAGCUUCUUUAUAUAAAUAAUCUCUGAAGACUUUUACAUUUAAAUUCAAUCAACAAUUUACAGUGACAACAAUCAUCUCGUUUCACUUCUUAGGGCUGUCCAGCAGUCGUGGAGGAUUUUUUUCCUGGAAUUAAUACAUUUCAAUGACCAGUCUAGUUUGAUUCAUAACCGUAAAACACAAAAGGUUGUUUUGCCAGUCAUGGGUGCCAGACAGGUCCCAAAAACAUCUAUGCAAUUUUGAAGACAAGGUCUUAGAUGUCACUGGAUAAGAUUGUGGUUUGGAAACCUUUGACAGGCAUUUCAGGAUUUGUAAGGAGGCUAGGAAGAAGAUCAGAAUUUGGCCCAUUCCCCUCUGAAGAAGAGUUAAGCAUAAAUCUUUGCUGUUUGCCUUCUGAUUAUAAUGACUUUUUAAUUGACUACAAACAACUAGGGAAGGGAGGCCCAUAAUGGAAAGAAUGUAUGUCUCUUUGGAUUUCAACUCACAGCUUUUUUUUCUUUAUGGACAGUGUCUUGUUUAUCUGUUUGUAAGAAUGGGCAGUUUCUGCAUUCCAUUCAUUAGGAGGAAGCAAAAUGUCACUCAGGAAAGUUCAAAGUUAAUGGUCACAAGCCAGUUCUAGUGGUCAGAUAAGUUAAACACAGAGGGUGCCUACCCCUACACACCACACCUACAUGAGUAUCUACACCUGCAUUUUUAGCUCAGAUCAGUGGUGCCACAGCUUUCCAAGCAAAUCUCUUCACUGUGCUCACUCACCAUGCUUUGGUUUCCAUUGAGGAGCAGUUUCAGAUGAGCCAUAAUCACCAGAUUCUCUUCAUCUUCUCUCAGGAGUGUGGUUUGUAAAGACUCCAGCUCAACCUAAAUCAGCUAGACACCAAUAGCACAAAAUAGAUUCUGUUUAGUGUUCCUGAUGCAGACAGGUGACCAUUGACCAUUCCACUUUUUGCAUCCACUUGUUCUAGAUGCUUCAGAAUGAUUUCUUCUAGCAGAGGACAGAAAAGGAGCUUCUGCCUCUGCAUGAGUGUCACAUUGGUAAGGAGUAGCUACACUUGUGGGUGUUUGGUGACCAUAGGCAGAGAGAGUCAAAGCCCAAGGACCAGUGAAUUUGUGGUUGCUUGGCCUGCAUUCUUAACACAGCGUUUGGGAUUUUGCUAGGCCUUACAUUUUCACCAUAAACUUCUCGUUGUCCACAGUAGGAUAUAUAAUGGCUUCCCUUGGCAUGGACAUUGAACAGAAAUUAUUCUAAUUUUCCAAAGUCUGUUGAAUAGUUAAAUCUUAUUGUGGUAAACAUUGCCUCAUGGGUUUUUUUUAUUUUUAUUUUUUUUUAAUUUUCCUCACUUAAAUGGGCAGUUUCAAUAAUAAUAAUUGUUAGACUAUUUUUUUUUCAUCUCCAAAUUUAGAUUUUUCUCUCAUUUAAAAAUUAAUCUAUUAUUUUUUAAUAACUUGUCUCUAUAAACACUUGUCAGGUGUGUAUAAUCAUCUACUAAGCAAGCACACUACUACUACUGAUAGUUCUGAAAGACUGAGAUCUUUUUUUUUGUCAGCAUCAUGAAGGCUUCUGUGGAGUAUAUUGUGCAGUGCUAGACUUCAAGAAAAAUGUGGAGUUAGUGGACAGAAUGCAGCAAGUUUGAUCAGAGGUUCUAAAAAUGUGCUGCAUACACUGAUAUACAAGUGAAGAUUGAAAGCAGUGUUGUUACUUAAGCUGUAGAGGAUAAAGAACUGUUCUUUAGGGGUAUAAAAGUUAAAUGCAAAGAUGAGAGAAUUAAAUUGUGUUUGUGAGGAUAAAGAAGAGGUAAUGAGCUUAAGAUGUGAAUUCCAGUUAAAUCCUGGAAAAAAACAUGCUUCAAAUAGUGAGUAUAGGUAUGCAGAGCCUGCAUCUGCCUGGAGAAGGAUGAAGGACGUUUAAAACAAGUGGGACUAACUUGUCAAGAGUGACAAAGCCCUAGGACAGGAGUUUUCUUCUGCCUCUCUUUGUAUGGGUAUUUGACAUGGGAAGAAUCAGUUUUAACUUAGUUCUUCAUGUAGUCCUUUCCACUCUCCAGAGCCCACACAUCCUGCUGGUUCCCAGCCCACAAACUCACUGUUCCUCUCCUACCCACAGGUGUGAUCAGCACCACUGCUCCUCCCCUAAAUGAGCAUUGCCAAAAUGAUCGUAUGUGAGCAUGUCUCCCAGUGACAUGCUGAAGAAAUGUUCUGUUUUACUCUCUGGUUUAGUUGGUUCUGGCCUCCUCUUUCUUCUUAGCACAAUUUUAUCACUGUCAUGGCUUUGCUAUUUGCCCCCCACACUUUAUCACCUUUCUAUUGUGUUUCAAAUCUUUUCUGAAAGGAAAUCUUCUGCACCAUUUCUGUACGAGUUUCCCUUCCAACUGCAUUCUCCAGAUCCAUAAUUGGAAUAUUUUAUAAUAGUUUUAUCAUUUAUUAUAUUAUAAUUUAUAUGAAAUGUCAAUGCAAGUUAUUUGGAUUGCAUGAAAAAAGGAAAGGUUGUCACCGAUCGAUAGCAUUGGCAAAAAGUUGUCAAUGGUGUACCAAAUCAGUGACAAAUUUGGCUCUGGGUGUGUAAAAUUUGUUUAGAGUAUCUUUGCUGGUAGUAUGCAGGGAAGUUUGUAAUCCUUUACGUACAUUUUAAUUUCUUCCAUAAUAUUCUCCCAUGUGAGGAUGUUUAUUAUCAGUGAUGUAAAAGAGAAAGGUGGUUUGUGUUAGUGUUAUUGAAAAAUCUGACUUUUAUGACUGAUUCUGUAGAAAGAAUAAGAGAACAGAACAUACAAGCAGCAACAGACUUAAAAAGAGCCAGAAGUUUUGCAGCAUUCCUGGAGAUGCCUUUUCAUUUCAGUGGGUAAAAUAAAAUCAAAAUUUCCAGAA